AUGGGUAAUUUAAUCGAAUUCAAAACUUGGCCGAGAAAGCAGAGGUUAUUUCAUGAAGUUACAAGUGGUGGAAUAUCAUUCUGGCUCAAAUCACGUGGAUACUCUGUAGUGGGCUUGGCAACGAAACCGUAUGAGGAGUGUGUUUAUGAGCUCACAAUAGAACCAGGUAGGUGUGACCUGCUGUCCAACGGAAAAGUCUGUUCUACAAAUGCAGUUUCUAAUAUUUUGAGAAAUGAAUUUAAUAAACUUUGGAUUUUAUGGAAACAUAACACCAUUGUCUUCGGGUCGUCGUCGGAAGUCGGAAGUACAGUAGUUCUCAGAUGGCAAUGUGCUGUGAAGAAUCUCAUCAAAUAUGUUACAUUCUAUAGUGAUUUGGGGAUGGCAGAAUGGAAGUGUUAUUUGCCUCUGGUUGCUACAAUAGAAAACCUACCAUUGAGAAGAUUACAAGGUGGACAACCGCGCUGGGUUCUGGUUAAAGACAACACUGAACUCCCAGACGGAGCCCUGAUCGGAGGCUAUGAGAAUGAAUUCCUUUACAUCAUGAGGACGCCGUUCAGAGGUUCAUUAACUCAAGGGAAAUUUGUGCCAAGUCUUGGACUUGGAUUUAUUGCAUGGAAGUAUGAGAGCUAUACGUGUGACGCAGUAGAGAUAUUAUGUGGCUACAACUGCACCUGGGUCCCGAGCAACGUUGAUGAGGUGCCAAAAGGUGCGGUGGAAGGAGGUUUCACGGAGGUGGAUCAUGAGACCAUGUAUGUGGGCCGAGUGCAUUACAAAGGGCACCUCAUUGUUGGAAAAAUAGUACCUUCUCACAAGUGCUGCUAUUUUGCUUAUAAUGACAAAGCGAUGUUGGAGAAUAACUUUGAAGUGCUAGCGGUGUACGUACCAGCAGAUGACCUAACGGACCCCGCACCCGCGACCACUUUCGCUCAUCUAGACGCCACCACGGUACUGUCCCGGGCGAUCGCCGAGCUAGGGGUAUAUCCCGCGGUGGACCCCCUGGACUCGACGUCCAGAGUGAUGGACCCUAACAUCAUAGGGCCAGAGCAUUAUGGUGUGGCGAGAGGUGUUCAAAAGAUUUUACAGGACUACAAGUCGUUACAAGAUAUAAUAGCCAUUUUGGGCAUGGACGAGCUGUCUGAAGACGACAAGAUGACUGUGGCAAGAGCUAGAAAGAUACAGCGGUUCCUCUCACAGCCUUUCCAGGUCGCGGAAGUGUUCACUGGUCACAUCGGGAAAAUGGUGAAGCUCGAAGAAACUAUAAAAGGUUUUAAACAGAUUUUGAAUGGCGAGUUGGAUCAUAUUCCUGAAGCAGCUUUUUACAUGGUCGGUACUAUAGAAGAUGUCAUUGCCAAGUCUCAAUCUUUGGCCAAGAACAUA